AUACAUAUAAAUAACAAGCCAAUGGUUAUAGAAAUGAAUUGAAGAUAAGGCGUGAUUACCUACUAAUAUAUACUUGGUCAUGGCUGAUUUCUGCAGCGAAGAUGGAGUUUCAAGAACCAUUUCAGAAACUCCCCCUACUCAUUACACUCUCAAGAUUCAGUCACUAUCUCUGCUAAAAAAGAACAAUGUUGAGAAAUACAGUUCCCCUUAUUUUGAAGCUGGCGGCUAUAAAUGGAAGUUGGUGUUUCAUCCAAAUGGAAACAAAAACAAGAAUGCAGAAGGGAAGCACGUUUCUGUAUAUCUGAUGAUGGCGGAGGCAAGCUCACUUGUCCCUGCAGGUUGGGAGGUCCAUGCCGUUUUUCGCCUCUUUUUGCUUGAUCAGAACAAUGACAAUUACUUGGUCCUCCAAGAUACGACAUUUCAAAAAGGAAGAAGAUUCCAUGCAAUGAAGGUGGAAUGGGGAUUUGAUCGAUUCAUAAGUCAAGAAGAUUUCAACAAUCAAGAAAAUGGGUAUGUUGUGGAUGACAUAUGUGUCUUAGGAGCAGAGGUUUAUGUAUGUCAGGAAAAGUUCAAAGGAAGAGGCGACUGUCUGUCCAUGGUUAAAGUCCCCAUUAGCUAUAAGCACGCCUGGAAGAUCGACAAGUUCUCUUCUCUCGCUGCAGAUUGUGAAGACUCCAAGACCUUCAUGGCAGGAGAACAUAAAUGGAAGAUACAGGUAUACCCCAAGGGAAAAGGGAGUGGUACAGGCAGCCAUCUAUCACUAUACUUGGCAUUGGCAGAACCAAGCAGCUUAUCUCAGGGUAGUCAAAUAUAUGCAGAAUUUACAUUGCGUAUCCUUGAACAACAAGUCAAUGCUACACAUUACAUCCGCAAAGCCAAUUAUUGGUUCAGUGGAUCACAUACAUUCUGUGGAUGGCCAAGAUUUAUAUCGAUUGGGUACUUCAGUUUGCCUGGGGCUGGUUUUCUGGUCAAAGAUACCUGUGUUAUAGAAGCUGAAGUCACUGUGCAUGGGGCUACUACUAAUAAUAUAAUAUAAUGCUCUAAUUAGUAGAGUCUGUUCAUCACACCAAUUUAAUGUACUACUACUGUUUAGUGUUUGAACCAUUUCCGUGUUCUUGUUGUAUCUAUUACUAUUGGUUUAAAGAGAGGAAAAUGGUACAUUAAUUCCGUCU